UCCAAUCACACCAUGUAGCCGUGUCUGCAUAGGCUAUCGUUGUGUUCAUAACAUCGGACCAGAGUGUUCUACAUCGAUAGUAUUAUUUUCUGUUAUCUUCUUCACUUUCACCAGUUUCCUACAUUUGAAGAAGAGCCAUCAUGGAGAAAGUGAUUUUAGUGACCGGUGCGAACAGUGGUAUCGGCCUAGCCCUGUGUGAGCGGCUGCUCUAUGAGGACAGUCAGCUGCAGCUGUGUCUGGCCUGCAGGAACAUGCAGAGGGCUGAGGCGGCCCGCUCCGCUCUGCUGACCUCUCACCCCGACGCCCAAAUAGACCUGCUGCACCUGGAUGUAGGCUCUGUCCGCUCGGUUCUCCACGCCGCCCACAAGGUCAAGGCUAGGUACAACAGACUGGACUACCUAUACCUUAAUGCCGGGAUCAUGCCAAAUCCACAGAUUGACAUCAAAGCCUUUUUCAAGGGCCUAUUUUCUAGCAACGUCGUCAAAAUGUUUGCCACAGCAGAGGGCCUCCUGACCCAGCAGGACCGUGUCAACAAAGAUGGACUACAGGAAGUGUUCGCCACAAACCUGUUUGGACACUUUGUGCUGGUCAGGGAGCUAGACUCUAUCCUUUGCCAGGCUGGUCAGACCUCCCGGGUAGUGUGGACUUCGUCCAGCAAUGCCAGACGCUCAGCCUUCAGUCUAGACGAUGUCCAGCACAGACUGGGGACCGAGCCCUACGCGUCCUCAAAGUAUGCCUCCGACCUUAUCAGCCUUGCCCUCAACAGACACAACAACAGCCAGGGGCUGUACUCAUCAGUGAUUUGUCCAGGGCUGGUGAUGACCAAUCUUACCUAUGGCAUCCUCCCCUCCUUCUUCUGGACCCUCAUCAUGCCCAUCAUGUAUCUUAUAAGAAUCUUCACCAACACGUUCACACUGACACCGCACAAUGGAGCUGGAGCAUUGCACUCGCUGUUUCUGAAAAAAACGGAGUCCCUGGAUCCGAGGGCAAAGUAUCACAGUUUGACGUCAGGCAUGGGGAGCAACUACACGCAGCCUCGACAAAUGGACAUCGAUGAUGACAUGUCAGAGGCCCUGUAUGUGAAACUGCUGGAAAUGGAAAAAUCUGCUCGUAAGAGAUUGAAAGAAGAGGAUGACAAUAAACAAGCCUACAAAAAGUACCUCAACCAGACAGAGUAGUAUUUUGUAUGGCUAUACUCCUUUGCUGACUAGUUUAGGCCUAAUCACACAACUUUUAUUCUAUAGCAUAUAAUAUAUAAUUUUGUUACGUUACAGCCUUGUUCUAAAAUUGAUUAAAUACAUUUUUAAAAAUCUCAGCAAUCUACACCAUAAUGACAAAGUGAAAACAGAUUUUUUGAAUUGUUUGCAAAUGUAUUAAAAAAUAAAAACGAAUAACUUAUUUACAUAAGUAUUCAGACCCUUUGCUAUGUGACUCAAAAUUGAGCUCCAGUGCAUCCUGUUUCCAUUGAUCAUCCUUGAGAUUUCUACAACUUGAUUGGAGUCUGCCUGUGGUAAAUUAAAUUGAUUGGUCUUGAUUUUGAAAGGCAAACACCUGUCUAUAAGGUCCCACAGUUGACAGUGCAUGUCAGAGCAAAAACCAAGCCACGAGAUUAAAUGAAUUGUCUGUAGAGCUCCGAGACAGGAUUGUGUCAAGGCACAGAUCUGGGGAAGGGUACCAAAACAUUUCUGCAGCAUUGAAGGUCCCCAAGAACACAGUGGCCUCGAUCAUUCUUAAAUAGAAAAAGUUUGAAACCACCAAGACUCUUCCUAGAGCUGGCUGCCCGGCCAAACAGCAAUAGGGGGAGAAUGGCCUUGGUCAGGGAGGUGACCAAGAACCUGAUGGUCACUCUGACAGAGCUCCAGAGUUCCUCUGUGGAGAUGGGAAAAACUUCCAGAAGGACUACCAUCUAUGCAGCACUCCACCAAUCAGGCCUUGAUGGUAGAGUGCCCAGACGGAAGCCACUCCUCAGUAAAAGGCACAUGACAGCCUGCUUUGAGUUUUCCAAAUGUCACCUAAAGACUCUCAGAACAUGAGAAACAUGACUCUCUGGUCUGAUGAAACUAAGAUUGAACUCUUUGGCCUGAAUGCCAAGCGUUAUGUCUGGAUGAACCCGAUCGAACAUCUCUGGAGAGACCUGAAAAUAGCCGUGCAGCAAUGCUCCCCAUCCAACUUGACAGAGCUGGAGAGGAUCUGAACAGAAUUGUAGAAACUCCCCAAAUACAGAUGUGCAAAGCUUGUAGCGUCAUACCCAAGAAUACUUGAGGCUGUAAUUGCUGCCAAAGGUGCAUCAACAAAGUACUGACUAAAGGGUCUGAAUACUUAUGUAAAUGUGAUAUUUUAAUUAGCAAAAAAAUCUAAAAACCUGUUUUUGCUUGGUGAUUAUGGGGAAUUGUUUGUAGAUUGAGGGGGAAAAAACUAUUUAAUCAAUUUUAGAAUAAGGCUGUAACCGAACAAAAUGUGGAAAAAGUCAAGGGGUCUGAAUAAUUUCCGAAAGCACUGUAUAUAAACGAAACUGUUUUAUUCAGUGUGUUUUACUCCGUGUGAAUUAAGAGAAAUUGUAUUCUCUGUAUAAGUUGACCAUAGCCAUGAGGGACUAGUGGUUUGAAUAAUGUCUCUCUUUGAGUGAAUACUCUAUAGAAUCAUCUGUUUGCAUUGACUUUUUAUCAGCCACCAUUUUCAAUAGCCUCCCUAGUUGAGUAGAGGUUUCCCCAUUUUCAAUAGCCUCCCUAGUUGAGUAGAGGUUCCCCCAUUUUCAAUAGCCUCCCUAGUUGAGUAGAGGUUCCCCCAUUUUCAAUAGCCUCCCUAGUUGAGUAGAGGUUUCCCCAUUUUCAAGCACUUCAUAAUUUGAUCUUGGUUAGUGUACGCUAGCUAGGCUACAUGAGUGCUGUUCCUUUUGUGACUAUGACAGGAACAUGUACAGUAGGCACUCAAGUAGAUUAAAAUAUGGUUGAAAGAAUAUAUUAAAACAGACUGCAACUUGAAUACUGAAAUCCACUGAAAAUACUGGAACACUAAAAGCAAAUGCUGAAACUGAUACACCUGAAAUGGUUAAUGGACAUUUGUUAAUGUCUCAGAAACAAGCCUGUACAUUCCUGCUGCUAACUCAAGGAGCUAAAUGUUGUAGACUGUCAAGAGGUUUUGUGAAUUAUCAAGCACAAAUAGCAAUAACUGACCAGAACUAGGCAUCGCAUUCCUUUGUGUUUGCUUGGUUAAGAUGAAGAGUUGUGAGCCGUUGAACUUUUAUUGAAAUGAAAGUUUAAAAUGAAAGAUUUCUUUGCAUUAUUUAUGUGUAGCUUGUUUGAAUGAAAAGUUGAUUGACGCCACCACUCUUCAAGCUAAUGCUGACUUUGGUUCAAUUUCUGACGUGUUCUUAUCUGCAGUGCCUUUAGAAACUUUUUCCACAUUUUGUUGUGUUAAAGCCUGAAUUUACAAAAUGACUAAAUUGAGAUAGUGUCACACAAUACCCUAUAAUGUCAAAGUGGAAUUAUGUUUAUAGAAAUGUUUACAAAUGAAUAAAAAAUGAAAAGCU